UACCCCGUUUUUUGUCGGUGCGGAGUAGCGCGCGCACUGGGAACCGGAGACGCGCGAGACUCUUAGCAUUGGCAGGCUGACGGUGACACGUGCCUCUCUCUCAACACCCCCGAGCUCCCGUGUACCGCAUUGGCAUCAGCGACGGCCACCGAAACGCAGGAGUCGACGCUGUGCCACGGAUACAGAGAACGCGCAAAACCGAGAGCGUUCUCCUUUACGCACCGGACAUUAAACGCACUCUCGCCCGGGUAGCGCGCAUCAGAGUCCGGUCAGCGAACACGAUGCAGGUGCCAGGCGUCGACUACGUCUAAAAGUGACAUGAGCCACGGAAUUAGCGAAAACACCGGGCAGAACUGGAGAUAACGAGCACGCGUCGCCACGAUCUUCUCGCUCCGUUGAUGCGCAGACAAAGAACUCCGGUCGCACUCUAAAUUCGACACAGCCAGAAAAACACAUCUGAAGAGUAAUUUUCACGCCAGUCUCGUUUAGGAGAGCGAUCAUGGCCACGUUAAUUAGAAGCAAGAUCUCUAACAAGCUGUCCAACGCGGCCACCACGGUCACCAAUAAGUCGCAGGCGAAGGUGAGCGGGAUGUUCGCCAGACUGGGCUUCCAGGCCGCCACCGACGAAGAGGCUCUGGGCUUUGCCGCCUGCGAUGAUCUGGACUAUGACCACAGGCAGGGGCUUCAAAUGGACAUCCUUAAAAACGAGGAGAUGGGCGGCGGAGAGGGCGGCGGGGAAACGGGGGGCGAGGGGACCGUCGAAGGGGACAGCCAUUACCAGAGGGAUGGAACGGGUCCGCCGCCCUCGGCGUCCAAAGACGGAGAAUUGUGCUCCGAAUUCGGUAGCUCGGACAAGCCCAGAAUCACUGCUUGGGAGGCAGGAUGGAACGUGACCAACGCGAUCCAGGGCAUGUUCGUUCUCGGGUUACCCUACGCCAUUCUCCACGGAGGAUAUCUCGGACUGUUCCUCAUCAUCUUCGCCGCAGUCGUGUGCUGCUACACGGGGAAGAUCCUCAUCGCUUGCCUCUACGAAGAAAACGAAGACGGCCAGCUGGUACGAGUGAGAGACUCGUAUGUGGAUAUUGCCAAUGCGUGCUGCGCGCCGCGCUUCCCCGCGCUCGGGGGACACGUGGUCAACGUAGCCCAAAUCAUCGAGCUGGUGAUGACCUGCAUUUUAUACGUGGUGGUGAGCGGUAACCUGAUGUACAACAGCUUCCCCAACCUCCCCGUGUCCCAGAGGUCUUGGGCCAUCAUCGCCACCGCCGCUCUGCUGCCUUGCGCCUUCCUCAAGAACCUCAAGGCCGUGUCCAAGUUCAGCUUGCUCUGCACCCUCGCGCACUUCGUCAUCAACGUCCUCGUGAUCGCCUACUGUCUGUCCAGGGCGCGGGACUGGGCCUGGGACAAAGUCAAGUUCUACAUCGACGUCAAGAAGUUCCCCAUCUCCAUCGGCAUCAUCGUCUUCAGCUACACCUCGCAGAUCUUCCUGCCUUCGCUGGAGGGGAACAUGCAGAAGCCCAGCGAGUUCCACUGCAUGAUGAACUGGACCCACAUCGCCGCCUGCAUCCUCAAGGGCCUGUUUGCCUUGGUGGCGUAUUUGACGUGGGCCGACGAAACCAAGGAGGUGAUCACCGACAACCUGCCCUCCAGCAUCAGAGCCGUCGUCAACAUCUUCCUGGUGGCCAAGGCGCUGCUUUCGUACCCGCUGCCGUCCUUCGCCGCCGUGGACGUGCUGGAAAAGACUUUCUUCCAAGAAGGGAGCCGCGCUUUCUUCCCGGAUUGCUACGGGGGCGACGGGCGUCUCAAAUCGUGGGGUCUCUCGCUCCGCUGUGCACUAGUUGUGUUCACUAUGCUCAUGGCUAUUUACGUGCCGCACUUUGCGCUCCUCAUGGGCCUGACGGGAAGCCUGACGGGCGCCGGCCUGUGCUUUCUCCUCCCCAGCUUAUUUCAUCUCAAGUUGCUGUGGAGAAAGCUCUUGUGGCAUCAGGUCUUCUUUGACGUGGCCAUCUUCGUGAUCGGGGGUAUAUGCAGUAUUUCUGGCUUCAUCCAUUCCGUCGAAGGCCUCAUCGAGGCGUACAAAUACAACCUGCCCGAUUAGUCUGGAAAACCACGAGCGGUGGUAGUUUGGUGAUAAGUGUUACACAUCCCACAUAUUGAUAACCAAACCGAUAAGUUUCCCCCAGAAUAAAAAAACAAAAAAAAAGUAGAAUAAAUAAAUAAAUAAAUAAAAAUAAAGGCGCUCUUAAAAAUAAAGGCGUUUUUCAAUGAAAGGUUCCACGGAUGAUGCCGAUAAAGAAGCUUUAUUUUUAAGAGUGCGGGUUCAUUCAGAUCUGACCUCAACACACAAGAGAUAAAUCAGCGAUUCUUUACGCAUCCACUCGAGAAAUGCCUUGGACAGCAGCGCGUUACACAAGAGCAGACCGACCUAUAUUUUUGUUGUGAAGCGAGAAAGUGGGAAUUUAUUUCAGCUUUGAUUUGGCCCGACUCCACGGGAAUCAUUUCAUUUGAGUGCGAGACAUUCAGCUGAGCAAAGCAAUGCUUCGAGGGCGAAAAUCUGCAAUACACACGACUGAGAAUAACAACAAAAAAACACACAACCGAAUUAAUCGACUUACGCCGUGGCAAUAAACACAGUAGAGUGCGUUUCAAUUAUAAAUUGAUAGAUUUUCCUUAAUUCGAUCCGAGGACACGUAGCCUAUAGCCGAAGUCUUAAUUAUUAUCGUUUUGCAUUUACUGAACCAAAUCGGAGAGGACGAGAUAGAAAACAGUAAUAAAGGCAGCAUACUGGACGGUGAAUAGAAAUACUUCAACUAUGCAUUUUGAUCGUAUGAUGUCCAUGCAGUAUUAGAGAUAUUCAGAGGAAAUCGAGGAUCGCGCUGCGUUUCGAUGGCUCAAAGAGACUCGUAUUUUUACAAGACAUCGAAAAACGAACAAGAAAGGGUCGCUGAAGAUGAAGGUGACGAAGAGGAAAACGAAAACCACCCGGAAAUUCCAUUAGAAAUUCUGGAAGACGUUCAAACUCCCCAGCAAAUCAGAUCGCUAAAUUUCGUUUAUCGGAUAUCAGAUGUGUCGUAAUUUAUAACAAUUGAUAAAGUUCAUGUUCCCCCUCGGUGAGAUUUAUUAUAGCGUCGUUGGAUCGAAAUCAAGUCGAAAUCAAAGGGACUUGCAUAAGACAUUUUUUUCAUUUUGUGCAAUCCAAUGGGUGCUGUGGAAAUGUUAUAAAACCGUAUGUGUUGUGUUAUCGUGGUUUAAAAGAUGGAAUGUAUAUCACAAAAUCGUUAUCAUAUAUCGUGAAAAUGAAUAUAUUGAAGAAUAAAGAAACGCGUGAAAUUAUACUGUACAACUGUUUUUUUGGUUUUGUGUGAUAUGGAAAAAAAAAAUGAAACACGUGCAUCUUUUCCCUUCAAAACAGAAUAAAUCUACAAAACAAUAAAUCA